CUUUGUACCCAUUAAUGUUGUGUUGCGCGCGGUUUCACGUGUUGCCUGCUGCUGCCUGCCGCGAGGAAACUCGUGGGCUCCGCUAACUGGUUCUACCAGAUCCACAACUGCGCCUCCACUUAGAGUCGCCCCCUCCCAUUCUUUUUUCCCCGCCCGCCAAGAUUGAGCGCCGCUCCAUCCGAGAGGUAGUUAAGCCUCACUAGGAAGGACAGAGGCGGCAUUGAAGAGGCGCACUGUUUGAGCUCUAGGUCAGGGUGUCAGUGUCUGUCAUGGAGUCCCAAACUGUACACUCACACAGUUACGAGCGAAUUCCAACAGGGAUUUAAUUGUCAACGAUGUUGCUGCGCGAGUUUUGUCCGGUAGAUUACGUGUGAGGAAAAACAAGGUUAGAGAGAGAGAGUGUGCCCACGGGGGUUCUGGGGCCACAAUGCAGAAGACCGUGCGCUACAACGAGGGCCACGCGCUGUACCUGUCUCUUGUCGCGCGUAAGGAGGGGUCCAAACGAGGCUAUUUAAGCAAAAAGACUGCUGAGAACAACCGGUGGCACGACAAGUGGUUCGCCCUUUACCAGAAUUUGCUCUUCUACUUCGAGAGUGAACAAAGUGCUCGACCUAAUGGGAUAUAUCUUUUGGAGGGGUGCAGUUGCGAAAGGGUCCCAGCUCCGAAAGUUUUAGCUGCGGGCAAGGAACUCCUCGACAAACAGCAUUACCUGACUGUAACAUUUGGCCAUGAAGGGCAAAGACCAUUGGAACUACGGACAGAAGAAGAAAAGGACUGCGAUGAAUGGGCCGAGGCAAUUCAGCAAGCAAGCUAUUCUGACAUUUUGAUUGAGAGAGAGGUGCUGAUGCAGAAGUAUAUCCAUUUGGUGCAAAUUGUGGAAACUGAGAAAGUUGCAGCCAAUCAACUCCGCCAUCAGCUUGAGGAUCAAGACACAGAAAUUGAAAGACUGAAAUCUGAGAUUGUAGCACUUAAUAAAACAAAGGAAAGAAUGCGACCCUAUCAAGGUAAUCAAGAAGAUGAAGAUCCAGAUAUUAAAAAGAUUAAAAAGGUGCAGAGUUUUAUGAGGGGCUGGCUUUGCAGAAGGAAAUGGAAGACAAUUGUUCAGGACUAUAUCUGCUCACCCCAUGCUGAGAGCAUGAGGAAAAGAAACCAGAUUGUAUUCAACAUGGUAGAGGCUGAAUCCGAAUAUGUACACCAGCUGUAUGUCCUAGUCAACUGCUUUCUCAGACCCCUGAGAAUGGCUGCUAGCUCCAAGAAACCCCCCAUCAGUCACGAUGAUGUUAGCAGCAUUUUUCUCAACAGUGAAACGAUAAUGUUCCUUCAUGAAAUAUUUUACCAAGGAUUAAAAGCCAGAAUUGCUAACUGGCCAACUUUAGUCUUGGCGGAUUUAUUUGAUAUCCUCUUACCAAUGCUGAACAUAUAUCAGGAGUUUGUUCGAAAUCAUCAGUACAGUCUGCAAGUGCUGGCCAACUGCAAGCAAAACCGAGACUUUGACAAGCUUCUUAAACAGUACGAAUUAAACCCAGCAUGUGAGGGACGUAUGCUGGAAACUUUUUUAACAUAUCCAAUGUUUCAGAUUCCUAGGUAUAUUAUAACACUUCAUGAGCUUCUGGCUCAUACCCCUCAUGAACACGUGGAAAGAAAAAGCUUGGAAUUUGCCAAAUCCAAAUUAGAAGAAUUAUCAAGGGUAAUGCAUGAUGAAGUAAGCGACACAGAAAAUAUCAGAAAAAAUCUUGCCAUAGAGAGGAUGAUUGUGGAAGGCUGUGAUAUACUACUAGAUACUAGCCAGACUUUUAUUCGUCAAGGGACUCUUAUACAGCUACCCUCAGUAGACAGGGGAAAGCUGAGCAAAGUCCGUUUAGGAUCAUUAUCUUUGAAAAAGGAAGGUGAAAGACAAUGCUUCUUGUUCACAAAACAUUUUCUGAUUUGUACACGAAGUUCAGGAGGAAAACUACACCUGCUAAAGGUGGGAGGUGUCCUGUCACUGAUAGAAUGCACUUUGAUUGAAGAGGCUGAUGCCAGCGAUGAUGAAUCCAAAUGUUCAGGCCAAGUAUUUGGACAUCUUGACUUCAAAAUUGUGGUGGAAUCAGCUGAAGCUUCCUUCACAGUUGUUCUACUGGCCCCUUCCAGGCAGGAAAAAGCAGCUUGGACAAGUGAUAUAAGUCAGUGCAUAGACAAUAUAAGAUGCAAUGGAUUGAUGACCAGUGUGUAUGAAGAAAGCUCUAAAGUCACUGUGCCACACAUGAUUAAAUCGGACCUGCGUCUACACAGAGAUGAUUCUGACAUCUGCUUCAGUAAGACUUUAAAUUCCUGCAAAGUCCCACAAAUACGUUAUGCCAGUGUGGAACGACUUCUGGAGAGACUGACAGAUCUGCGCUUCCUUAGUAUUGAUUUCCUUAACACUUUCUUGCACACUUAUCGUAUAUUUACCACAGCAAUUGUUGUGCUGGAAAAACUUACUAACGUUUACAGAAAGCCCUUUACUUCUAUUCCUGCACGGUCUCUGGAACUAUUUUUUGCUACUAGCCAAAACAACAGAGGAGACCACCCAAAUGAUGGAAAAUCUCCACGCCUCUGUCGCAAAUUUUCUUCUCCACCACCUCUAUCCAUCUCUAGGACAUCAUCACCAGUCCGCACUAGAAAACUUUCACUGAGUUCUCCUGUGAACUCUAAGAUUGUAGCUCUUGAUCUCUCCACUUCUUCUUCUGCCAGUAGCCCUUCAUCAUCCUUCAGCUCCGUAACCUCCCCUCCACCUACCAACAACAAACAACCGUUAGACCUGAGCAAAAGCCUGUCAUCUCCUGAACAGAGUCCUGGGCCUUUGGAGGAAAAUUCUGAAAAUCCUCGCAUUGAUCUGUGUAAUAAAGUAAAAAGAAGCUUCCAGAAAGCCAUUUUGGACUCAACAUCAGUUGAUAGAGCUGUUUCUGAAAGUCCUCAACCUGUCGAAACCCCAGACAUGUCACCAUGCAGAUCACCCUCCACUCCACGGCAUCUCCGAUAUCGACAGACAGGAGCGGUGCAGUCUGUCGAGAACAACCGUUGUACUGUAUCACCUGCAUCUGCCUUUGCUAUUGCCACUGCAGCAGCAGGACAUGGAAGCCCACCAGGGUUUAAUAAUACAGAGAGAAUAUGUGAUAAAGAAUUUAUAAUACGCAGAGCAGCGACAAAUCGAGUUCUGAAUGUUUUACGACACUGGGUUUCCAAGCAUAUUCAGGAUUUUGAACUAAAUCCUGAACUGAAGGGGAAUGUUAUAUCAUUGUUGGAGGAAAUUAUGCGUGACCCUGACCUGCUACCUCAGGAAAGGAAAGCAACAUCUAAUAUAUUAAGCGCUGUUUCUCAAGACGAGCCAGAUGAAACUCCAUUAAGAUUAGAAGAUAUCAUUCAGAUGUUGGAGUUUGUUAACGCAGAAUGCUUUGAAAACUUAUCAGCCAUGGAGCUUGCAGAGCAGAUCACACUUCUUGAUCAUAUAAUUUUCAGAAGCAUACCUUAUGAAGAAUUUCUGGGACAAGGUUGGAUGAAGGCUGAUAAAAAUGAAAGGACUCCAUACAUAAUGAAAACAAGUCAACAUUUUAAUGAUAUGAGUAAUCUUGUUGCUUCUCAAAUAAUGACCCACCCAGAUGUCAGCUCCCGUGCCAGCUCUAUUGAAAAGUGGGUAGCAGUAGCAGACAUUUGUCGAUGUAUACAUAACUACAAUGGAGUCUUAGAGAUUACAUCUGCUCUUAAUAGAACUGCAAUCUACAGGUUAAAGAAAACUUGGGCUAAAGUUUCAAAGCAGACAAAAGCUUUAAUGGAUAAGCUUCAGAAAACAGUGUCAUCUGAAGGAAGAUUCAAGAACCUGAGAGAGACCCUUAAAAAUUGCAAUCCACCAACUGUUCCAUAUCUAGGAAUGUACCUGACUGACCUGGUAUUUAUUGAGGAAGGCACGCCAAACUUUACUGAAGAAGGGCUUGUAAACUUUUCCAAAAUGAGGAUGAUUUCACACAUUAUCAGAGAGAUACGUCAGUUCCAGCAAACACCGUAUCGGAUAGAGCAUCAACCAAAGGUCACUCAGUACUUGCUUGACAAAUCACUCAUAAUGGAUGACGACACUCUGUAUGAGCUUUCCUUGAAAAUUGAGCCAAGGCUUCCUGCAUGAGAUCAUGUAUUUUCCUGUGACUACAGAGUGCUGCAGUACAGUGAAGAAAAUUAUGCAUUAUCAGGCCCUCUAAAUAAAGUGAAGUGAAAAGCUGUGGGAAGAAACAGAGGAUUUUCUUCAGCAAGAAAGCUCGAGUCCUGGAUGCAUAAGCAUGGUGUGAAAACAGAUGUCAUAAGUGAGGUGAAAGGUGAAAUGCUUCUAAUCCGAGUUAUUAGGCAAUAGUUUGCAAAAGGGAUAAUGCUGCAAAUAUCUGGUGUGGAUGUUAAAGAUGGGAUAAAGAGAUAGGAGACAUGCUUUGUAACAGAAGUAAUGUAGUAAUAAAGAAAGACAAUUAUCAGUCAGCAAAUGUUAAACAUAGUGAUUGACUAGGCUCCAUGCAUAUGUCCAGUAUUUGUUAGCAAACAAUUUGGAAAAAAGGUAAACAAUGAAAAAGUGGAAACUAAUUCUUUGAAUAAUAAUGACUUAUGGAAGUAGGGUUUUGGCAACUGUAUUUCCGCAACAGCAGAUCACUUGACACCUCUGUAUGGUUUUGCAGUCUUGUUUACAACAAAUUAAAAAGUUCUGAGUAUUACAUUAGCAUGAUGCUUUCCAACAACAACCCCAUUAUUUGAUACUCUGCUUGCAUAAAAGUCAUACUGUGUACUCCUGCAUAGAUUGCGCCUGUCUGGAUGUGUUGUUAGAAAUCCCUUGUGGUACUGAAAUGGGUCAGAUUCAUGUCAUAUCAUUUUAGUAUUGUCCUUUGAUACUGCUAGAUAUGUGUGCAUGUGUGUGUGUUGAACCAGUCUACAAAACGUCUGCAAAUAAUUUAUUACAGCAUGCACAGAACAUGAUAAUACUGUAAAAGAUUACAUAUUAUGCAGUGUAGUGGCGACUACAUUGGAUUAAGUGCCCUUUAUUUUCCAGCUGUCACUAGCAGGUAAACAACAGAGGGCUACAUGAUUACUUCUUUACCUUCCUUAACUUUGUUCCCUCAGGGAGACAGUACUGCUUUACUCACACUUGAUACCUGUCUGAAUCCAUUUGCUUGUGUUAAUUAUACUUGCAGAGUAUAUUUGUUUUAAGAUGAAGCCUAACUUGCUAAGUUCUGAUUCCUUUUCAGUUGCUUCAGAUAUAUCCCUGUUAGAUGUCUGAAAUUCCAGCAGUAUGCAUGCAGAUUCUUUUGUUGAGCAUGAACGGGAAAAGUAUCUUGGACAGUUCCACCGUUACUUGUCAAGCACUUUCAUGAUAAUUAUUUGUACAUAUAUACUUACAUGUAUUUGUGAAAGAUAUUGACUGUAUAUAAAUGUAAACUUUAUGGAAGAUGUCCUGUAACACUUGAAAUUACCAUAUCCACUAGUCUGUGAAAGCAUUUGAAAUGCUAACUUUUCAUAGUGUUAUGCUAACACAUAGAACUAUCCCAAGGAAUUAUUGUCCUCUAAUUUCAUAUUGCAUUCCAAGUUAUCUUCUAAUUUAGUUGAUUUAGAGGAUACAGCGAUAGUCCCUAGACCUUAGCAAAGUAGCUAUGUCAUAAUUUAUGGUGAUACCUCUGAUACUUCCAGCCUACCCUCCUGGCAUUGGGUCUACACUGAGCAUUUGGCAGAUUUAGUAAGACUAUCACAGUUGUUUCAGGCAUAAUAUUGUGUCUGUUCGGCAAUGUGUUAUACAGCCUAUAUACAUUGUCAGAGUACUGUGCAAGAGAACACUUUGAUUGAAUGCCACAGCGCCACCUAAUGGUUCAUACCAUUAACUUCCUAAAGUCCACCCACAUUCAAGCUAUAAAACACAAAAGGGUUAUGCUGAAGAAUUGAAGCACAGACCAAGGUUUGAUAUAAAAAUAUGUCAUUAAUCUUUCUGCUGCUAUAAAAAAUGUACAAUAUACAUAUGCAAUGGAAUAAACCCAGACAUAGUGUUCAGAAGCAACAAGGAGGGUAUGUUUUUCAAUUUAGGAGGUUCAUGAUUAACAAAGUAUUUAUUAAAGGAAAAUAUUCUCUUGGUGCAAUAAAUUAUCUCAGUGACAAAUUGUUAAUGUUUUGUUAUAGGUACUAUUCAACCAAGUAUUUUAAAAUUUUAAGGCAGGCAAGCUAAUGUUGCACAUUUCCAUUAAGCUGAUAAGCAGUAAAAAUGUUUGAAAGUCAGACGGAAGAUUUGUUAUGUGAAAACAGUAGCAUGGAUUAGCAUGGAUUUCAUUUCAUCAACCUGUACAAGCACACACAUUCUUACAGUUAGCUGUCUGAUUCAGAAGACAAACAUAAAUGUAAGAGUUUACUCUGGACAUAUAAGGUGAGACAUGGUUGUGCUUGAUAAGCUGAAACUGUUGUAUAAAUGUCUGAAACUUGCAUUAUUUGGACAGAUAAAAGUUGAUCCGUUUUAAAAAGUUUGAUUUGUCGAUUAUUAUUAUUUUGUGUAUAUUAAGACACAGUAAAAGUUGAAAAAAAAAAUGAA